CUCGACUUCAUAGCCCUUCAUCGAAUACCAAAGCAACAACAUAGCAAAGACUGGUAAUUAAAAUGGCUGAAUCUGUGAGCACCGUCGAGCUGGGUGAUGAAAUUGCAGUUGAAGUCUCAGAUAAGAGCAAGUCCAUCCCGGUCACAUUCAGCCAGGAUCGCCAUGAAAAGACUGUGGAUUACUAUUCUGGUACUUUUACCAACGCAUCCCGGAGCAAAACUGGCGUGUUCUUUGUACAGGUUGACUUCUUACCCAAGCUCUUGGAACGAUUCCCGACAAAGGUCGUGAAAAUUGAUAACACGUUCCAGUACGGCCAAAAGGACAAGACGGGUGCUAACCGAUGGGUUGUCUUCCAUGACACGGCCCUUAAGCCUUUUCAGCAUCGCUUCGCCGAAAGCCUCGGCAGGGCAUAUCAGUUCAGCCAGGCAGCUCUCGAGAUUAUUUCGAAAAUGGGCUUCACCCCAGGUGUAGAUGUUGGCAAGUUCUUCGAAGGGUUGCGUGGAGCGAUCGGGCACUAUCUACGUACCUUUGGAGAGAAAUGACAAGAGAGAUAAAGCCAACAAGAAUAAACAGACGAGAUACGUGUUCAAUUAACUCACAUUCGCCACUCAUGGUUCCUCGGCAGACUUUAAAACUUCUUCUUCUACAGUACUCCUCAGGAGGACUGCUCUGUAACACGAACGGAACGGAACGGAAUAAACACAGUUAAAUGGCACGCUAAGUGUAGCGAUGACGUUGGGAUAUCUACA